AUGUCCCGGUGGUCGGUAGCCACGACAGUCGGUGAUGCGCGUUUGUGGUGGUGGUGCUUGUUCGCCGUAGUGACGGUGCUGGCCGUGACGGCGGCGCGGGCCGAAACGUGCCCGGUGCCGUGCGUGUGUAAAUGGAAAAGCGGAAAACAGAGCGUCGACUGCAAGAGCCAAAAUCUGAUCACGGUGCCCCAGGGCAUAGACAGCGCCACGCAGGUGCUGGAUAUAUCCGGCAGCAAUUUGCAGAUACUGCCGGCGGAGGCGUUCUACCGGUUCGGCUUGCUCAAUCUGCAGCGCGUGUACCUGACCAAGUGCCGGAUCGGGCAGAUCGACAGCCGGGCGCUGCGGGGUCUGACGAACGUGAUCGAGAUCGAUCUGUCCAACAAUUUACUCACGGCCGUGCCGUCGGCCACGUUUUCCGACGUCCCGCUGCUCCGGGACUUGUCGUUGGCCAACAACCCUAUACAGAAAAUCGAACCGGACGCGUUCCGCAACUGCGCCGGGCUGGUCCAGUUGGACAUGUCCGGGUGUGAGCUGCACGCCGUCGCCGCCACGGCGUUCGUCGGCAUCGAUCGGCUGGAGACGCUCAAGUUGGCGAAAAACCGGCUGACCGGAUUGUUGGCCGGCACGAUGCAGUCGUUGAACAAGGUGCACGGCGUCGAAUUGCACGAGAACCCGUGGCACUGCGACUGCACCAUGCGCCCCGUGAAAAUGUGGUUGAUCAAGAACAACAUACCGACGGCAGUGGACCCGCUGUGCGCCACCGGGCCCGGCAGAGUCGCCAACCGGACGUUUUCCACCCUGACCGCCGACGACUUUGCGUGUCGACCGGAUAUCCAGCAGGACGAUCCCACCGUGGAGGCGGCCACCGGCGACAACGCGUCCGUCUCGUGCCGCGUUCAUUCUUCGCCCGCCGCAAAAGUUUCGUGGUACUGGAACGGCCGGGCCCUCGCCAAUAACACGGCGUUCGGGCCCUUCCAGCGGGUGUUCAUGACCGACGACCGGACCGGCAGCGGCCACAGCUCGCUGCUGUUAACCAACGUCCAGCCAUCGGAUUCCGGGCAGUUUCUGUGCGUGGCCGAAAACCGGGCCGGCCGCGCAGAGGCCAACUUCACGUUGGUCGUCACCCGUCUGGGCGGACUGGCGUUCUUGGCCAACCGCCAGGUGGCCAGCCUGAGCGUGUUCCUGGUGUUCCUCAUCAUCACCAUACUGUUGGUGAUCGUAUACCUGUUGGUCCGGAUCAAAAGACUACCGCCGACGUCCACCCGGCCGGACGGUAAGCCGCAUCAGCUCAUGACCACGGCCGCGUCCGCCACCAGCAACGGUACCGCGGUCGUGGUCCAGGUGAAACAGCCGGUUACUACCGCCACCGUGGUCACGGCUUCGACGAGCCCGACCGCGGGCGGUUACCGCGGUGGCGCAAUGUUCAACCCGGUGCCGCUAAUGGAACCGGUGUUGCCGUCGUCGGCCGGAGAGACCGUGAGCGGCGGAGGCUGUAGGAGGCCCAAGCUCACCGAACUGGCGUUCGCCGCGGACCAUCACUACGAGGGCGGGUUCGGCAACAGUAACGCACUGGACGUGGGCCGCACCGUACUGUACCGGAGCCAACCGUCCAACCCGGACCUGAUAGCAGACGCAACGGAACAGACGCCGGCGGCCAACUCCCCAGCCGCCGCCGUCGCCGCCCAGGCGAACCAUCAUCAUCCGCAGACCAGGAGGUCGGGCAGCGGCGAGUACCGGAGGACGGCCGACGAGUCGUUGUACUCGCCCGGUUUCUGGGCACAGUCGGACGUGGCGGCCAACGACCGGACGCCGAUCAUCGAAAAGUCGCCGCCGCUGCCGCCACUGCCCGGCGCGGCGGUGCCGCAGGCCGCGCUUGCGUCCAGAGACUCGAUGGCGACGACGACGGCCGCGACGGUCACGGAUCCGAAAGCGGCUAGUCUCAGGGUGUGGAAACACGGGGUGCAAGUGAUGCCGCCGCUGAGCGCACUCAAGAGAGCCCUGAACAAGGGGUCGCCGGACGAGGGAUACCAGGAAGGAUGCGGGACCGACGUGUGAUCUCAACGGUACUGAAUAACCGACAUUUUUUUUAAGUAAAAUUAAAAAAAAAAAAAAACUCAUAACACUAUUAUACCUAUCUCACAUUACCUAUAUUAUAAUAUUUCGCGUAAUAUGUCGAUGCC